UGAAGGUGCUGGACGUGCAGAAGAGGCGCAUCCCCAAUAAGCACUAUGUGUACAUUAUCAAAGUCACCUGGUCCAAUGGGUCCACAGAAGUCAUCUACCGACGGUACAGCAAGUUCUUCGACCUGCAGGUUUUACCAUUGAAAUUGAAAAGUUAAUUAAAAUGGAUACCCAUCUGCUGAUCUCUCCUUGUGGCAAGUCAUCGUUUUCCAGCUCCCCUCAUCUCCCCCUCUGGCUACCUCCAGGAAAAAGAAAAGUCCUGCUGGGGCGUCCUGGGAAGCUCCAAGGUUUCUGCAUCGCAGGCGGCUGCUUUCCACCUGCCAGCAGAUGCAAAUGCUGGACAAGUUUCCGAUGGAAGGAGGGCAGAAAGACCCCAAGCAAAGGAUCAUCCCCUUCCUGCCAGGGAAGAUCCUCUUCCGCCGGAGUCACAUCCGUGACGUUGCAGUCAAGCGCCUGAUACCCAUCGAUGAGUACUGCAAGGCCCUGAUCCAGCUGCCUCCCUACAUCUCGCAGUGUGAGGAGGUUCUGCAGUUCUUUGAGACCCGACCGGACGACUUGACGCCCCCCAAAGAGGAGCCUAUUGGGAAGAAGAAAUCUGGAUUUAUCCAGAGAACGGCCUCUUUCCUGCAGAGAGGAGCUGACUCUGCGUCGGUCGAUCCCCUGGUGCUGGAGCAGUAUGUCGUGGUGGCGGACUACCAGAAGCAGGAGAGCUCCGAGAUCAGCUUGUGCGUGGGCCAGGUGGUGGAUAUCAUUGAGAAGAAUGAAUCAGGCUGGUGGUUUGUGAGCACAUCAGAGGAGCAAGGCUGGGUGCCAGCGACCUGUCUAGAGGCCCAGGAUGGCGUCCAGGAUGAGUUCUCAAUGCAGCCUGAUGAAGUCCCGUGGAGAUACUGGUCUCUGCCCAGGCACGUUGGCCGCCGUCGGACCCUUGGGGACUUGUACACCAGUGGAUGGGGUCAAGAGGAGAAGUACACAGUUAUUUACCCAUACACUGCAAGAGACCAGGAUGAAAUGAACCUGGACAAAGGGGCUGUGGUGGAGGUGAUCCAGAAGAACCUGGAGGGCUGGUGGAAAAUCAGGUACCAGGGCCAAGAAGGCUGGGCCCCCGCCUCCUAUCUCAAAAAGGGGAAUGGAGAGAUGUUCUCGCAGAAGCUGGGAUCAGGCUCCUCCACUCAUUCCUGUGCCUUGGAUCUGGAUGGCAUUUCCCGGCAGCAGAUCGUGGCCAGCCGAGAGAAGGACGGGAUCGCCGGCCAGAGGGAUGGGAGGUUCGACAGCCGUCCCCUGCCCAACGCUGACAUCCGACGCAAGUCACCAAAGAUGCGGCAGAGACCCCCUCCUCGCCGAGAUCUCACCAUACCACGUGGUUUGAAUCUGCCUAAACCUCCUGUUCCUCCUCAAGUGGAAGAGGAAUAUUACACCAUCGCUGACUUCCAGACCACUAUCCCUGACGGCAUCAGCUUCCAGGCAGGAAUGAAAGUAGAGGUCAUUGAGAAGAACCUGAGUGGCUGGUGGUACAUUCAGAUUGAGGAGAAGGAAGGCUGGGCCCCCGCUACGUUUAUUGACAAGUACAAGAAAACCAGCAACGCGUCCAGGCCGAACUUCCUGGCUCCGCUGCCCAACGAGAUGGCCCAGCUCCGGCUGGGCGAUGCCACGGCAGAAAGCAGUGCCAGUGAGGAAGCCACGGGGCCGUGCAGACCUCUGCCCGAGGCUCCCCCCAACGGCAUGGACUGCGGUAUGAAGUGGGCCAAGGACUGGAAGGGGAAGGAGGCUACUGAGAGCAGUGACCUUGCCUUUGCCUGUGGGUAUGAGGAGAUCUCGGACCGUGAUGUGGAGGAGAAGCCCAGCCUGCCGCCCAGGAAGGAGUCCAUCAUUAAGUCGGAAGGCGAGUUACUGGAGAGGCAGAGGCCUCCUCCCAAGCCCCCAGGCAUGAUUUUGCCCAUGAUCCCGCCAAAGCAGUCAGUAGCCCCAAAAGACAGCAAGAAGCCUGAGCUGAAAUCAGAGAAAGGCAAACUCUUCCAGCUGAAAAACGAAAUGGGGCUGGAAUGUGGACACAAGGUGUCAGCCAAGGAGGUGAAGAAGCCAAACCUCCGGCCCAUUGUCAAGCCAACCAAGCCAAAACCUGAGCCCGUGGAGGACAAGCCUGAGCCAAUCACCCAGAACCCCUUCUUGAAGUCAAGACCUCAGAUCAGGCCCAAACCCACCACAGCCCCCCGGACUGACCCCCCUCCAGCUGACGAUAAACUGGACAUCUGCAGCCUGCGGAGCAAGCUGAGGCCUGCAAAGUGCCCCGAGAAACCCCCUGAGCCGGACACCGCCGCCAGCGAAAGCUCCUGCGGUAACACCACGGUCGCCCCGGAGGCUUCUGGAAGGUUUCAGGAGCGACUGAGCAUGGAGAGCAAACCCCUGCCCAAAUCUCCCCCGGGCCCAGCCAUCAUCCCAGCUGCCCGGGAGCCCGUGGCGCAGCGCCCGGUUGUGCCGCCCCGCAGGCCGCCGCCACCCAAAAAAGCGUCAUGUCCUGCCGCCGGCCCCGCGCCCGAGACCAGGGCUUCCCCGCUGCCAGGGAGACCCAUGCUGGUUCCUCCCAAAGCCAAACCCUUCCUGUCCGCUGCAAUCCAAGACGAAGCCAAAGUGAAAAGCAGCUUAGGCCCAAAGGUAAUAUCCAAGGCAGUGGAGAGAGGGGAAGCCAAGGAGAGGACGUCAGCCCCUUUCUCCAACCCGGACAUCUCCAAGGAAGCUCUCUACGUGGCAGUAGCGGAUUUUGAAGGCGACGAGGAGACCAACAGCUUUAGAGAAGGGACGUUGUUUGAAGUGCGUGAGAAGAACAGCAGCGGCUGGUGGUUCUGCAAGGUCCUGACUGGGGGCCCUUGCUGGGAGGGCUGGAUCCCUUCCAACUACCUGCGGAAGAAGCCAUAGCCUGUCCUCUGUUUACAUGGUUGGAGGUUCCCCGUUCUCCCACCUGAGUAUUUAAUUAGCCUAUUAAUUUAUAGUUUUCCAUAAGGCUGGCUUUAAAAAAAGAAAUAAUAAUAAUUGAGAUACCACACAUUCCAGCUGGUGCCCUUUGCAGGCAGCAUGCUUGCCCCUCGCAGCCCGGCCUCCUGCUCCCACUGCGUCCCACCGAGCUCCUGCUCUCCCUUGGCUGGCUGCCACGGGCUGCCCUGGCCACGCUUUGUGGUGUCUGGGCCCCAGCAUGGUUCCCCAUGGUUCUCCGUGCUGGGGAAGUAGACCUCGAUAGGUGGUUUUUGCCACCUGUUCGGGGAAAUCAAGAGGCGGCAGCAGCCAGGGAGAGUAAUGCAGCUCGGCCCUGGUACCAGCGAAGGAAAUCUGGCCUCAUGGAGGGAUCUGGUUUUCCCUGAGGCUCAGGGUCCAGGUUGAAUGUUGUACGUCACAUUGCUUAGUCCAAAUGUGUAGCAGAGUCAUAGGAGAUGUGGCAAAAAAAGAGGGACGAUUGCUCAGAACAGGGUCCCUGUAACUCUGCGUGCAUGUGCAGCCACGACUGCACGCCGGGGGCCAGGUGCUGCGCUCCACGCUCUGCCUUGCUUUCCCCUGCACACGUCAUGGGACAGUCCCAUGGUCCUUCCCCACUCUGCAAUGACAAGUGUUAACUUAAACAUCCUUCUGGUGGGAAAAAA